CAUGGUCUUGGCCAUGCGACGUGUUCUUCUGGUGUUUUCUGCGUGGUCGCCUCCAGCUCCUCCUUCAGGUACUCUCCUUGUUUUCGUGCUUGAGCACCAACCUUUGCCCAAUGGUUGGUGGUGCUGUUGAAGAGGCCCGUGGCGAAUCAUUGGAGAGCUCUUGUUGUUAGUUGGGCAGGGCUGGAAAGCAGGUGCCUUUUGAAAGGGGCCUGAAAAAAUGCGUCGCAGCUUUUCCAUUCAGUGAGUCAGGAGAUUGGGAGGCACUCUUCAGUCGUAACUCGGACGUGAACGUGAAAAGAAGAAUGCACGUGAUCUGUUAGAGCAGAUAAUUUAGUAACAAUUUGUUCUUAUUUAUUCAAACACUAAGAAGAUGGCUUUGACCAUGAUGAGCAGAAACCUUAGCUGGCCAACAUUCGGUGCCAUGUUGGAACCCAGGUACUCGUCGUCGGGAUCCACCACUGCUUCGCGUCUCCUGGAGGCCACCACCUCCAACCACCAUCGGCAUGUGCAUGACCAUCUCGACACUGCCGUGGAUUUAAGUCGGAAGGCAUCAAUCACUUCGGUGGAUGUACCGUCCUCGGCAGAGGCUAUGGAGGCGGACGAGAGCGAAGACGAUGCCCCAUUGGAUCUCAAGGUGCGUCCGGACUCGAGUUCCAAGUCCAGAAUGCCAGCCUAUCCGACCUUGGCUAUGCCUGGCCCCCAACAACGAGCUGAGCUCCUUCGCAUUGCGGAGCUCUAUACCUCAGGAUCCACGGCCAUGACGGGGGUCCCGCCCUCGUCGAGAGAGAGUAGUCAAGAGCGAGAUACGGACUUGUGUCAGUUUUGUGGUUCGGACACUACGAGUCCUGAUUUUGACUCGGCUGACCAUAAGGAAGGCGUCUGCAAUCGAGGUUCCAUCGCUUGUCCCCUGUGUGCGAAGACGUUCACGCUCUACAGUCAAUACGAGGCUCACAAGAAGACCCAUCAAAAGAUGAAACAAAGGCAAUAUCCAUGCCAGACAUGUGGCAAGAUUUUCACAUCUGCUAGCAAUCGCAACAUGCACCAAAGGAUCCAUAAGGGUGUUCGACCUUUCCAGUGCACACCUUGUGGGGUCUUCUUCCGCCAAAAAGCCCAUCUUCAAAAGCAUCAGAAGACCCAAGGACACAUUCAAGCCACUGACAUCUACGAGAAAAAGAAGCGCGAUGGUCUCAUCACUGAGAUUCCUACCUACCAAGACGAUGACUCAUCUCAUCAAACUCAACUGAGUAAGCGGGAAUUGGAUGAGGAAGACGACGCUGAGGAGAGCAUUCAAUCAGAGGAUAAUGAGCCCAUGGCUGAUUCGACCCAAUCCGUGACCCCACCGGCUGCCGACUCCUCGCACGAAGAGAAGAACUUCAACUCUUCCGCAGCCUCCACCACCUCCUCUGUGUCCUCGUUCAAUGGAGCCAAUCACUCCCGGGCCAAGGCCAGCCCCAAACGAAAGCAAUCCCGCCCUCAGUAUCUUCAGACCAAGGCCGAGGAGGUGGAAGAAUCCGCCCAAGAGCCGGAAGCCACAAGCUUGGAGGAGGACAAGAUCGGAUCGUUCAUCGAUUACAACGAUAUCACUCAUGGGUACGAUUGCCGCCAGUGUAUGUUCUCUAGUCAUGAGCUCUCGGUGCUGAAAGACCACGUGAAAGAGGAACAUUUGAACCAGGAAAGCCAGGCAUUCCAAUGCAACGAAUGUUGCAUUACCUUCAACCGCGAAUUCAACUUAAGGAUUCAUACCAGGCAGCACGAUUCUGGCAAUGAUCUCCUUCCUUGUGAUCAUUGCAACGAAGUGUGGCGUUCACCCAAUAAGCUGCUCAAGCACAUGGAACUCAGUCACUUGAUCUGUGCUCGAUGUGGGAGCCAGUAUGAUGAGCGUUCGCAGUUGGAACAACAUCUCGAGGAAGAGCAUGAGGAUGCUAUCAAGAAAGGGUUCCACAAUAACCUCGCCCAAUUCAGUCAACUCAACCACCUGGCCACCGUCAGUCUCAAAUCCCCUCCGAUUCCCACCAACGUGGUGGCUUCAGCCGAGAACAGGGCUGCUAAAAUGCGAAAAGUGGACAGCCUCGCCGACUCCAUUCGACAGAAACAACUCCUUCAAACCUUGCAUGCGACCUCAAGCCUCAAUGGCAAUGACGUGUACAAAUCUCCCGCCUCCCCUCACCAUCCCAGUCCCAACCUCAUGCUCACCAGCCCUGGGAGUCGGAGACGCAAGAACGACAUGCAGACGGUCCGUGCUCUAUUGGCAAAGAACCCAGAGCCGCUGUAUUACGGCUCUUUGAAUCAAAAUGACAGGAAUGACAAUAACCCCUUCCAUCCCCAUCAUCAUGCCAAGAGCAUGGUUCAAGAUUUGUUGCGGAAGAGCGAAAACAACAAUAUCCUCUCGAGCAAGAGCUUCUCAAAAUUGCCGCCCAGUAUUCAACUUCCGACCCAACCCGUUUCGGGGCUGACGCCGCCUUCGUCGCCACCCUUGCCGCCCCCGCCGCCGCCGCCGUUGGCAGUCCUACCACCUCAUUCUUCCGCAGACCACAACAGGCCUGAGGCCCAUCCGCAUCUUAAUAGGCGACAUACCAGUCUCCACCAUCGCCUCCAUCCUGCUCCUCCUGCUCCUGCUCCUGCUCCUCAUCAUCACCACCACAUCCACCACCACGAAGCGUUGCACCAUCCUCAGCCACAUCAUAUUCGCGGGGAGGUGAGUGUUACCAUAGUGCCUCCUCUUGGUGUGGCUUCUGAUGAUUCCGAUCCGGAAGAGAAUGGGCUCGAUCUCUCGAUUGGCAACAGGGAGCGCAGGCACAAAGCCGACAGCAUUAGCGUGGAUGUGGAAGAAGAGGAUGACGAUGAGGACGACGAGGAUGAAAAUCAGGUCUCUACCACCGCCCGAGAUGAGGCUGACUUCCGUGGGCGUCUACCUCUUGCUCCUGCCUUUCCCCCGGGAAUGCCCUUUCCUUUCUUCGGGGGUCUACUCCCACCCGUUCCACCCGGCACGGAUCCGGCUUUGGCCGAACAUCUGAUGAAACUUUCGGGUCUGCCCCGACCCUCUGUUCUGUCUGGCCCCGCCCCCAAUGAUCUGGUCAAACCUCCCCCGUCUAGUCUAUCCCACCACUACUCCGUACUCUCAGCCAUGCUUGGCCAGCCGGGUCCACCCCCUUCUGCCUACCAAUCUGUGUUCCCUGGUAUGACACCCAGUAUUUUCCCAGGUCAAAAUGGACCCAUCUCGUCGUCCACACCUACUUCAAGCAAGCACGAGCCCAAAGACUUGGGUCCAAAUCUUGACUCCAAGCCCUUCCAUUGCAACUUUUGUCGCAAGGAAUUUAGUCACCUUAGCAGCCUCGAGUCUCAUAUCGAGCACAUGCACCACGGCGAGUCGAAGCAUAUCUGCAACACAUGCGGCAAGAAUUUUUCUUCCAAAUCCAAUCUGACUGCCCAUAAGAAAAUUCAUUCAGGUGAACGCCCAUUCGAAUGUGGAAUCUGUCACAAACGCUUCCGCCAAAAGGCCCAUCUCCAAAAACAUGAGACCACGCACAGUUCUGCAACACCCUACAAAUGCACCGUGUGCGACAAAGCCUUUGGUCACAUCUCCAACCUAAAUACUCAUUUGGCAACUCAUUCCAACAUUCGGCCUCAUCAGUGCGGAGAGUGCGGUAAGUCUUACAAGGAUUCAGCCAGUUACAAGCGACACAUGCUUAGUCAUCAUGGUUUGGGUGACAGUGCCGAGACCUCGCACAGUGAGCGCACCGAUCACGACCAAGAUCAUGACUUUGCCGAGGACGACGACGACGACGAGGAUGACGAAGGCAAUGAGACCUCGACCUCCGUUGACACCAGUGGAUGCCACGACUCGUCCGCCUUGACCCAUCAUUCCUCGGGCUUGGGUGGGGGUGAAGCCUCGAGUUCAGCUUAUUCGAGUUUCGAGAGCCAGGAGGCCCAGGAGGCCCAGGAGGCGCAUUUGGAUCAAUCCUCGGAGAUCGAGGUCGGCAGUGAGGCUUUGGAGAAAAAGAUGGACGAGGAGCACCGCCGCUCCCCGCCACCCAUGAUGCACCCGAAAAAGAAAGGGUUGAAACGUUCCAUCAGCUGAUGAAUUUGUGAUACUACUGAUACUACUACUACUCCUCCUCCUACUGUUCCUCCCACUACUUGUACUUUUAUGACGAAUCCUACUUCUCCAGCAACAACAACAAAUGCUUCUUCGCGUUUGGUGAUGAUGAUGAUUAAUUCUCCUACCACGUACUAGUAGAUGCAUGCGGACACCAAACAAAAGGACUAUGACAUUUGGAAAGAAUUCCACCACCGGGAGUAGAAAGUGCAGUGGAUGAUGAGUGAGUGAAAACAGAGAAAACUCGAACGGAACUUUCUUUCAACUUUCAACAAGCUGUCGACGAUGCGUACGUCUCAGAACUAGAGUAAUUUGAAGUACUCCCCAGCUGUGAACCCGCUUGCACCAAACCAACAACCAGAGUGGUUGCAGAACAUCAUCGCCAUCAUCGCCAUUGCCGCUGUCGCUGCUUGCACCACCGCCACAACCAUCUUGGCCACUCCGCAAAGCAAUGCUGGACAGAUCCUGCGUGACUCCCACCACCUCGUCCUCGUCUUUCUCCCCCAUGAAAUCAACGACGCUUUAAGCGGAUUCUAACCACCGCCAAUUGAAAUGAAACGACGAACCACCAUCAAAUAGAAAGAACAAGCCGACGGACAGCAGUCAAGUGGUGAAAAUGAGAAGAAAAUCCUGUGAUGGUGCAGUUUCUCUCUUUCUCUCUCCGUGAACGAACGUGGUGAAAGUGCCUCAACGUCCUGCUUAUCCUGCUUAUCCUCUCUCCUCUUCUCCUCUUCUCCUUGCCCUUGCCCUUCUCCUUAUCCAGCUCCUGUUUGUCCUGAUCCUUGUUCCUUCUCCACCCAUGAUGAUGAUGAUAAUGAUGAAGGAAGUUCCUUAUGUCUGCACGCAUUUCCAACCCUCAAGUCGCAUACAAAUGUUACGUUUAUUGUAUAGUAUAUAUUAUUCUACGUCAAUUCCAACAACUGAUCUGGUGGCAUUCAAUACUAGUGUAAUACUGUGUAUCAUGACAAAACACACACACACACACGCACACACAA